AUGAAGUCUCAUGUUUUCUUCUUCUUCCUUCUGAUAACAUCAUCAUCUGAAUCAUUUAAAUGUUUGGAUGACACAGAAGGAACUGUCGAUUGUGAUGGAUUCUGCUUGAAAACAGCACUAGUACUACCAGGCUCCCCAGUAUCGUUACAUGCCAUCCAUCGCGAAUGCACUUCACAUAUUGAAAAUCAGAUAGUAGGAUGUACAAGAAGCUCAGAUGAUAUGAGUCGUCGACGUCUGGGUCCAAACAUUAUCACUUGCCUUUGUGAUUCCGAUCUUUGCAAUUUCUGA